AUGCCGACGUUAAAGUCUCGAUGGACCAUUCAAAUUCCCGAGGCAUCGCUACCCACUGUUGUAUUCAAGUCUCCCACGCAUCCCCUAUCUCAGACGAGACGAUGUUUCUCGGAUGCCGAACGACCGGACACUCACUUCUUCAUCACACAUGAAUACCGUCUAUGGUGCCAGCGCUUUGCCGCAGGUCUCAGAAAGUUGGGUCUGCAGACCGGAGAUCGUGUGCUUCUAUUCUCUGGCAAUGACUUGUUCUUCCCCGUGGCUUUCAUGGGCAUCGUUAUGGCAGGCGGAAUCUUCACUGGCGCGAACCCAACAUACACCCCACGAGAACUAGGGUACCAACUGAAAGACUCCGGAGCAAAAUAUUUUCUGUGUGCGGAUGGGAGUUUGGACGUCGGAAUUGCCGCCGCGGAGUUGAUUGGUAUGGGUAGAGACAAUAUAUUCGUGUUCAAUGGUGCUGUGUUUGAUGGGAAGGGUGAGGGGUUCAAAGGUUGUCGGUAUUGGGGAGAGAUUUUUGCCUCACCGGAAGAGGGAAGUAGAUUUGCUUGGGACACUCUAUCAACUCCUCAGGAAACAGAUCGGACACUCGCCCUUAAUUAUAGUUCCGGGACUUCUGGGGUUCCAAAAGGAGUGCAGAUAACCCAUAAGAACUAUGUUGCCAACCUACUUCAGUUCAACCACGCCGCUUACUUACGGAACGACUGGGAAAGGAGGGAUAAAUCUGCUCGCUGGCUAUGUUUCCUCCCCAUGUAUCAUGCCAUGGCGCAGAAUAUUUUCAUAGCUUCAUCCUUGAUGCGAGGAAUUCCCGUUUACAUCAUGAAAAGAUUUGACUUCAUUCAGAUGUUGGAUGCAGUGCAGAAGUUCCGCAUUACAGAUUUGACAUUUGUGCCGCCAAUUGCUGUUGCUUUCGCGAAGCAUCCAGCUGUCAAGAAAUAUGAUCUAAGCAGCGUAGAAUUCAUCGGGUGUGGAGCCGCUUCGUUGGGGAGAGAAAUCUCGGAGGAGGUUGAAGCUUUGUUCCCGCCCGGGAAGCUUUAUGUCAGACAAGGAUGGGGAAUGACAGAGACUACGUUGUCGCUACUUGGAUGGGAUCCCAACCAUCCCGGUACUAGCUCAUCCGUCGGGGAAUUAAAUCCCAAUUGCGAAGCAAAGAUCAUAGCAGAUGAUGGGAUCACUGAGCUUGGACGGAACCAACGAGGGGAAAUCUGGGUCAGGGGCCCGAAUAUAAUGAAGGGCUAUUGGAACAAACCAGAAGCAACAAAGGAGACACUAACAGAAGACCGUUGGCUGAAAACAGGAGACAUUGGAUACGUGGAUGACUCAGGAAAGUUCUAUAUUGAACUUAUCAAAGUAAAAGGCAACCAAGUUGCCCCAGCGGAACUAGAAGGUCUUCUCCUGGAGCAUCCUACAAUUGCAGAUGCCGCAGUCAUCGGAGUGAUCAAAAACAACGAAGAAUGCCCUCGAGCCUAUGUAGUCCUCAAACCAGGGCAGACUGUCACUGCAGAGGCUAUCGCCAACUAUGUAAGGCGAAAAGUUGCGCCCUUCAAGCGGAUCACGGGCGGAGUUGUAUUUGUUGAUGAUAUACCCAAAAACCCCUCCGGGAAGAUCCUAAGGAGACUCCUUCAGGACCAAGCACGACAGGAAAUCAAACAGGAGAACGCCAGCUCAAAAUUUUGA